UUUUAAAUACUAGACAGCAAAAAUACCAGCGCUCCGAACAAGUCACUCCCCGGCAAACGGUCGCACUAUUUGCAGAGAGAAGAGAAAAGCUAACAAAUUUUUGUGCCCGAAAAUUAACUAUUUAAAAGUACGCAGCUAGGAGCAGCAGCCACGAUGACUGAUUCCAAGUACUUCACCACCACCAAGAAGGGCGAGAUCUUCGAGCUGAAGUCGGAGCUGAACAAUGACAAGAAGGAGAAAAAGAAGGAGGCGGUGAAGAAGGUGAUCGCCAGCAUGACCGUGGGCAAAGACGUGUCUGCCCUCUUCCCGGACGUGGUCAACUGCAUGCAGACGGACAACCUGGAGCUGAAGAAGCUGGUCUACCUCUAUCUGAUGAACUACGCCAAAUCGCAGCCGGACAUGGCCAUCAUGGCGGUGAACACGUUCGUGAAGGAUUGCGAGGACUCCAAUCCGCUGAUCCGGGCGCUUGCUGUGCGCACCAUGGGCUGCAUCCGGGUGGACAAGAUCACCGAGUACCUGUGCGAGCCACUGCGCAAGUGUCUGAAGGACGAGGAUCCGUAUGUGCGCAAGACGGCCGCCGUGUGCGUGGCCAAGCUGUACGACAUUUCGGCCACAAUGGUGGAGGACCAAGGCUUCCUGGAUCAGCUUAAGGAUCUGCUUUCCGACUCGAAUCCUAUGGUGGUGGCCAAUGCGGUGGCCGCUCUCAGCGAGAUUAACGAGGCCAGUCAGUCCGGCCAGCCGCUCGUGGAGAUGAACUCGGUCACCAUUAACAAGCUGCUGACCGCGCUCAACGAGUGCACCGAAUGGGGUCAGGUCUUUAUCCUGGACUCGCUGGCCAACUACAGCCCAAAGGAUGAGCGUGAGGCGCAGUCCAUCUGCGAGCGAAUCACUCCGCGAUUGGCCCACGCGAAUGCCGCCGUUGUGCUGAGCGCCGUCAAAGUACUAAUGAAGCUGCUCGAGAUGCUGUCCAGCGACAGCGAUUUCUGCGCCACUCUUACCAAGAAGCUGGCUCCUCCAUUGGUCACGCUGCUCUCCUCAGAGCCGGAGGUGCAAUAUGUGGCCCUGCGCAACAUCAAUCUGAUUGUCCAGAAGCGUCCAGACAUUCUCAAGCACGAAAUGAAGGUGUUCUUCGUGAAAUAUAAUGAUCCUAUCUACGUGAAACUAGAGAAGCUGGACAUCAUGAUCCGCCUGGCUAACCAGAGCAACAUCGCCCAGGUGCUUAGCGAGUUGAAGGAGUAUGCCACGGAGGUGGAUGUGGACUUUGUGCGCAAGGCAGUCCGCGCCAUCGGACGAUGCGCUAUCAAGGUGGAGCCCUCUGCCGAGCGUUGCGUCUCCACGCUGCUCGACCUUAUCCAGACCAAGGUCAAUUACGUGGUGCAGGAAGCCAUCGUGGUCAUCAAAGACAUCUUCCGCAAGUAUCCCAACAAGUACGAGAGCAUUAUCAGCACGCUGUGCGAGAACCUGGAUACUCUGGACGAGCCAGAGGCACGCGCAUCGAUGGUUUGGAUCAUUGGCGAGUACGCAGAGCGCAUUGACAACGCUGACGAGCUGCUUGACAGCUUCCUUGAAGGAUUCCAGGAUGAAAAUGCACAGGUGCAGUUACAGCUGCUGACGGCCGUGGUUAAAUUGUUCCUCAAGCGCCCGUCAGACACCCAAGAGUUGGUGCAGCACGUACUAUCAUUGGCUACCCAGGACUCAGACAACCCCGACCUGCGUGACCGUGGCUUCAUCUACUGGCGUCUCCUAUCCACAGACCCGGCCGCCGCCAAGGAGGUGGUGCUGGCUGACAAGCCACUUAUCUCAGAGGAGACAGACCUUUUGGAGCCGACGUUGCUAGAUGAGCUCAUCUGCCACAUUAGCUCGCUGGCCAGCGUGUAUCAUAAGCCUCCUACCGCUUUCGUAGAGGGUCGCGGAGCCGGUGUGCGCAAGUCGCUGCCCAACCGAGCCGCUGGAUCUGGAGCUGGGGCAGAGCAAGCAGAAAGCGGAGCCGGUUCAGAGGCAAUGGUCAUUCCCAACCAGGAGUCGCUUAUUGGAGAUCUGCUCUCCAUGGAUAUCAACGCACCCGCCAUGCCAUCUGCUCCGGCAGCAACCAGCAAUGUGGACCUACUGGGCGGUGGCCUUGAUAUACUCCUCGGUGGCCCAUCGGCAGAGGCGGCUCCCGGCGGUGCCACCAGCCUGCUAGGCGACAUUUUCGGCCUGGGCGGAGCAACGCUAUCGGUGGGCGUACAGAUUCCCAAGGUCACAUGGCUGCCAGCGGAAAAGGGCAAGGGACUGGAAAUACAAGGAACGUUUUCACGCCGCAACGGCGAGGUGUUCAUGGACAUGACUCUGACCAACAAAGCCAUGCAGCCGAUGACUAACUUCGCCAUCCAACUAAACAAGAACAGCUUCGGCCUGGUGCCCGCGUCGCCCAUGCAGGCUGCUCCGCUACCACCCAACCAGUCGAUCGAGGUCAGCAUGGCGUUGGGCACCAACGGACCCAUUCAGCGCAUGGAGCCACUCAACAAUUUGCAAGUGGCCGUGAAGAACAACAUUGACAUAUUCUACUUCGCGUGCCUGGUGCACGGCAACGUGCUGUUCGCCGAAGACGGGCAGCUGGACAAGCGCGUGUUCCUCAACACCUGGAAGGAGAUCCCCGCCGCCAACGAACUGCAGUACAGCCUGAGCGGUGUCAUUGGCACCACUGACGGCAUCGCCUCCAAGAUGACCACCAACAACAUCUUCACCAUCGCAAAGCGUAACGUCGAGGGCCAGGACAUGCUCUACCAGUCACUCAAGCUGACCAACAACAUUUGGGUGCUGCUGGAGCUGAAACUGCAGCCGGGCAACCCGGAAGCCACUCUCAGCCUCAAAUCGCGCUCCGUGGAGGUGGCUAACAUCAUUUUCGCUGCCUACGAGGCCAUCAUCCGCUCCCCAUAAGCGUUCAAUGGCGCACACCGGAUGGCGGACGAGGAGCACAAAGCAAUUGGAGCGAUCGAUUUGCGGGUGUUGAAGAUUAGCUCAACAAUAAAUUGUAAUUUACGUAUUAUUAUUAUAUUGUGUAUUGGCCGAAUCGCCACCUACAUAUAUUAUUUAUGCAUAUGCACACAUAUAAACCACUCGGGUUUGUCGAGAGAUCUGUUAAUUGUUAAUCGGAGCUGCUUGUCCUCAGUGUACUAACGUGUAAUGGCAACGUUGCGUAACCGCAUUCCAAAACUCUGUAACCCCAUAUGCACGGCAUCUAUGUAUAUGUCGUGUCCUAGUAAAAUGUGUAACACUAAAUAA